AUGGUUUUCGUAGACCUUCAGCGGGUCCGGACCCGGAGCACCAGAACUAAACACCAACACAUGAGCCCGACCAAAGUCAGCGAGCGCGAGAGGACUCUGGUUUUGAAACGAGCUGUGUUCUGUGUUUCAGUAGAGAACCACUACAAACCAGGAGGACAAUCAAAGCUGCUUCCCCUUCAGAAGGACGACAACAACAACAGCUGCCCCGUCGGCGCCGGGAUCGGCACCGGAGAGGAGUACGAGAACUACGACGAGCUGGUCGCCAAGUCGCUCCUCACCCUGGGGAAGAUCGCCGAGGACGCCGCCUACCAGGCCAUGACCGAGUCUGAGAUGAACAGCAACUCCUCCAACAGCGCCGGAGAGGACGACGACGACGACGAAGACGACGGCAGCGAUCAGGGCGACAGGAAGGGCGAGCUGAGCGUGGACCUGGACAGCGACGUGGUGAGGGAGACGGUGGACUCCCUGAAGCUGUUGGCGCAGGGUCACGGCGCCAUGCUGCCGGAGGACGGGUACCCCGAGGGCGCCAUGGUGGACCAAGGCAGACACGCUAACGGGCAGCUCAGGGUCCAGGCGGACGAGAGCGAGGAGGAGGUCUGUCUCAGCAGCCUGGAGUGUCUGAGGAACCAGUGCUUCGAUCUGGCUCAGAAACUGAGCGAGACGCAGACGUCCGACCGGCCCAUCCUGCACGCCCUGCACCACCAGCAGCUCCAGAACCCUGCAGACCACCAGCUGGUCCAUCACCUGAGCAGGUAUGACAGCUGUCAGCACGGCGCUCAGGACGAGCCUCGGUCUCUGGAGCGCAGUUACUCUGACAUGGUGAACCUGAUGAAGCUGGAGGAGCAGCUGAGCCCGGCGUCCAGAGGUUACCCGACCAGCUGCAGCCAGGAGGGCGACGAGGACACCACGUCUGUGGCCUCGGAUCGCUCGGACGAGACCUUCGACAUGGCCAAAGGAAACCUGUCGCUGCUGGAGAAGGCCAUCGCCCUGGAAUCGGAGAGGGCAAAGGUCAUGAGGGACCGCAUGGCCUCGGAGCACGCGUUCCCUCGCCGGGAUCAUCACCAUCACCGCGGCCACGGCGAGCACAGCCCGAGGCUGAGCAGCUCGGCCGAGGAGAGAAAGUCCAGGAUGCACCACGACGGGAUGAAGAGGGCGUACUACCCUAAAGACUCUUCCAGGGGGGAGAAGAAGGAGAGUAAGUGCCCGACGCCGGGUUGUGACGGGACCGGUCAUGUGACCGGUCUGUACCCGCACCACCGCAGCCUGUCUGGGUGUCCUCACAAGGAUCGAGUCCCACCUGAGAUCCUUGCCAUGUAUGAAAAUGUUUUAAAGUGCCCCACUCCUGGCUGCUCUGGACGGGGUCAUGUCAAUAGCAACAGGAACUCGCACCGCAGUUUGUCCGGCUGUCCCAUCGCUGCGAAGGAGAAGAUGUCGAAGGUCCACGAGAAGACUCACACGACUGAAGUUGGCAGCAAGACCAAUCAGACGUCAGACCGCGUCCUCAGACCCAUGUGUUUCGUCAAGCAGCUGGAGAUCCCUCAGUACGGCUACAAGAACAACGUCCCAACCAGCACGCCGCGCUCCAACCUGGCCAAGGAGCUGGAGAAGUACUCCAAGACCAGCUACGACUACAGCGGCUACGACAGCCAGCACGGCGCCUACGGGAAGAGAGCCCCGCAAACCAAGUCCCACCACGGACGAGACACCUCGCCGAAGGGAUACGACGCCAAGCGCUACUGUAAGACAUCAAGCCCGACCAGCAGUACGACCAGCAGCUACGCUCCCAGCAGCAGCAGCAGCCUGAGCUGUGGAGGAGGAGGAGGAGGUGUGGGGGGAGGAGGAGGAGGAGGAGGAGGAGGAGGAGGAGGGGGAGGAAGCAGCGCCAGCAGCACCUGCAGCAAGAGCAGCUUCGACUACACCCACGACAUGGAGGCGGCGCACAUGGCCGCCACGGCCAUCCUCAACCUGUCCACGAGGUGCAGGGAGCUCCCCCACGCCCUGGGAGGGAAACCCCAAGACCUGCUGACACAGAUCUCAGCCGUCAACUUGUGGGAGAAAGUCAAUUACAGCAGGGCUGAGCUUGGCCUGCGGGGGGGCAUAUGGGAGGGAGAUAAGAACGUGAAGAUGGCCGCCGCUGAGCGCUCCCCCGGCUGCAUGCAUGGGCGGCGAGCACUGCACUUUGCCCUCCUGCAGCUUUCCAGACGCAGAGCUGGAGAGCUGCAGCAGCAGGAGGACUGA